CCUCCUCAAUACAAUCCUCACAGCUUCUCCAAAUUCGUUGAGAAAACACCAAAUUGAGAUCACACAACAAGGAAGAAACAGAAAACUUCCUUCUGUUCAGAAGAGACAAUGUCGAAGGACAAUGAAUCGCUGCACUACAUGGACGAGGAGGCGAAGCGUAAGAAGAGGAUGAAAUGGACGAUCGGCAUCAUCGCCUUCGUCAUCUUUCAGGUAGUCCAAGCCCUCUUCUUCGUCCUGGUCAUCAUGAAGUUCAAGUCCCCCAAGUUCAGGGUUGGCGAGUUCGAUGUCCAAACCUUGAACGUCGGGACUCAGGCCUCACCCUCGUUCGACAUGACCUUUGUCGCUCCGAUCCGGGUCAAGAACACCAACUGGGGUCCCUUCAAGUAUGAUGCUUCUACUGUUGACUUCACCUAUGGAGGUGUCCAAGUGGGACAAGCGGUCAUUCCCAAGAGCAAGGCCAACUUCAAGUCCACCAAGAAGAUCGAUGUGAACGUGGCUCUGAGCUCUGCUAAUUUGUCCACAACAUCGAAUCUUGGGAGCGAUUUGAGUUCGGGGAUUAUAACGUUGAACAGUCAAGGUGCGCUCAAAGGGAAGGUAACGAUCAUGUUCAUGUUCAAGAAGACGAAGACAUCCCAGAUGAAUUGCACCAUGGCUAUCGUUACAGCGACAAAGGCGGUCCAGUCCUUGUCAUGUGAAUGAGAGGUGCAAGUGUGUGAUUUCUAAAUUAGGUGGCUUGUGUGCUUAGCGCUUGCUUCUAGUCGUUAGGUUUUCCUUUUCAUUUUCUUUUUUUGGUUAUCCAUGUAUUAUGUGAAAUUUUGUAUACAUUUAUUGUUGAUUUUCUGCCUUAAUUCAAUUUUACGUGACCUGUUUGUACUUUGAUAAAUAUUAUGAAUGGAGGGAUUUGUGACAAAUAUUUGUGUA